AAUACAUUUCAUUGGAGUCCGUUUUAUUUUGAGUCCGUUGUUCCUCGUCUCCACCGGACACCGCCUCCCUCUCCUCCCCCGCCGUGUCUUCCUCUUCCACUGCCUUUAUCGUCUUUCUCUUUGACCUUCGCUGUCCUUCUCUAUUCAGCUUCGUCGUCGUCUUCCUAGACCAGCUGCAUUUCCAUGGAGUGCGCCAUGUUUGUGACGGCCCCUCAAUUUUCGCCGCGCUUUCGACUAAAUUCAUCAAAAUUCAGACCUUUUACCAUCAAUUGCUCCUCCGUUCCUCUGUCUGUCUCCGGAAAUUCACCAGUUGGAUCGUUGGAAAGGCCGUGGAAAGUGGCGGAUGCGAGGCUUGUGCUGGAGGACGGUUCUAUUUGGCGGGCAAAAUCUUUUGGUGCCUCUGGAACUCAAGUUGGUGAAGUGGUUUUUAAUACAUCAUUGACAGGGUACCAAGAGAUCCUUACGGAUCCUAGUUAUGCCGGGCAGUUUGUGCUUAUGACCAAUCCACAUAUUGGUAACACUGGCGUCAAUUUUGAUGAUGAAGAAUCGAGGCAAUGCUUUCUAGCAGGAUUGGUUAUAAGAAGUUUAAGUAUUAGUACAUCAAAUUGGAGAUGCAAAGAAGAGCUUGGAGAUUAUUUGGCAUCAAGGAACAUUAUGGGAAUAUAUGAUGUCGAUACUCGUGCUAUUACCCGUAGAUUGAGGGAAGAUGGCAGCCUCAUUGGAGUCUUGAGCACAGAAGAAUCCAAAUCAGAUGAAGAACUUCUUAAAAUGUCUCAAACUUGGGACAUUGUAGGUGUAGAUUUGAUAAGUGGUGUCUCAUGCAAGGAGCCUUACGCAUGGGUUGAUAGAACAAAUUCGGAGUGGGAUUUCAACUCCAAUGGGAGAGAUGGAGAGACCUUCCAAGUUGUCGCAUACGACUUUGGUAUCAAGCAAAAUAUACUCCGCCGCCUGGCAUCCUAUGGCUGUAAAAUCGUAGUGGUUCCCUCAACAUGGCCUGCAUCUGAAGUUCUAAAGAUGAAACCGGAUGGUGUAUUGUUUAGCAAUGGGCCAGGAGAUCCCUCAGCAGUUCCAUAUGCUGUUGAAACGGUCAAGGAAAUAAUUGGAAAAAUUCCUGUUUUUGGUAUCUGCAUGGGCCACCAAUUACUCGGUCAAGCACUGGGAGGUAAAACAUUUAAGAUGAAAUUUGGUCAUCAUGGAGGAAACCAUCCUGUUCGGAAUAUUCGAAAUGGGCGAGUUGAGAUUAGUGCUCAGAAUCAUAAUUAUGCUGUCGAUCCUAAAUCACUUCCUGAUGGUGUGGAGGUAACUCAUAUUAACCUCAAUGAUGGAAGCUGCGCUGGGCUUUCUUUCCCUGAACAGAAGCUUAUGUCUCUUCAAUACCAUCCCGAAGCUUCUCCUGGACCCCAUGAUUCUGAUCUUGUAUUUGCUGACUUUGUACAACUAAUGAGGCAAGAAAAACAGAAAAAACAAUGAGGUCGAUUAUGAUUUACUGUCCACAAGCACCGGAGCUCUGAGGGUUGGAAUUGGUUGCUGUAAUGGCUCAUAAACAAGGCCGAUGACAUUCAAUCCUCAUAGUAUGUUCGGUAUUCCUUCCUCUUUCACAGGCUUGUUUUGUUGUGCCAUCAUAACAUUGAAAUGGUUUGUUUACUCGUCUAGUUUAAUUUGCCUACCUUAUCAGGAUCUGGACACCAUUUGCUUCAUUAUAAAAUAAGAUUUGUUCGAUUA